CAAAAUGGCACCAUCAACAACGGCGCCAACUAUGUGAAAUGUCAAACGUACUUUUAGGUAAAUAAUAAGUAUAAAAUAUAUUGUUCAAAAGCAAUAAUACUCAAGAAUAUUGUCCUUGUUAGUGUACCAGUGAUUAGGAUAUACAUUUCAAAUGAUUAGUAUUAAUUUUAGAAGGAUAUUUACAGAAAAUCAUUAAUUAACCAACAAGAAAAAAUAUUUUUAAAUUGAAGUUUUAACAGAUUUUAGAAGAAGUAUUUGAAUAAAAUUAUACAAGAAGGUUUUAACACACAAUGACUACGGUUACAUAUGAUCUAGACACCUCUGGGGGCCUCAUGGAUGUAAGUGUGCUUGUCUUUUGUUUUUGCAUGAAAAAUAAGGCUAGAAAAUGGCGGAUUGUCAGAAUUUGCAAUAUUCUGAAAAAAAUACCAUAUUUCAACCUAUUAUUGUCUAUACUAAACUUUCAAUUAUAUGUACAAUCCUGUUUAUAAAACAAUAAAGUAAUAAUCAAAGAGUUCAAGACCUUUUUGGAACACAGUGAAUGUGUUGAAUAUAUUAAUACUGAAGCACAGCUAUCAAAUACAAGCAUUAAUAGCACCUCCUCAAAGUGAGGAUGAUAAUGAGAAGAAUAAAAAGCCUGAGCAUCCUUAUUAUAAGAGACCUGGAAAGGGACACAAUCAUGAUAUGUGUGAUGCCUGUGGGGAGGGUGGUGACCUAAUAUGUUGUGAUAAAUGUCCUUAUAGUUUUCAUUUUGGAUGUCAUGAUCCACCUCUUGAAGAAAAAGACAUACCCAGAGGAGAAUGGUUGUGUCAGUCAUGUAGAUUUGCCAAACAAAAAGAAGUUACUACUGCCACACCACAGCUACGUAGUAAGAGAUCAAAUAGUACACCACCGAGUACUUCUGUUGCCAAAGAACCUAAAAAACUAAAGUUGAGCCCUAUGGAGGUACUGAUAGAAGCUGCAAAUGCAAUGAAUCCAAAACAAUUUGAAUUGCCAAGAAGUAUGAGUGUGCCCUGUGUGUUUCCAGGAGUUGAUAAAGAAAUACCGUACUCAAAGGUAGGCAGAAAGACAAAGGCCUCAGCCCAUGAAAAAGGUCCUGGGGGUAUUGUUCCAUUGCCAGCCAAAAAGUGUAGCGAAUGUAGAAGAUCUUGCAGAGUUGCACCAUUGAUUGCUUGUGAUUUUUGUGACAGUUUUUACCAUUUAGAUUGUUUAGAUCCACCCUUAACUAAUCCACCCUCUGGAAUGUGGAUGUGUCCACAACAUGUUGAACAUUGUUUGGAUUCUACAUUGUUAACAUCAGUUUCGGCCACCGAACGUGUUAAAUUAUGGGACAGAUUCACAGGACCUGUGGACCAAGAUACUGUCAAACUGCAAUUUUUCCGGAAAGUACACAGGAAAAAUCCUCCGUUCAGAAUCAAAAAAGCGCUACCGCCCAAAAACACAGUUACAGUACCAGACAUGGUAAAAUAUCAUUAUAAAAAACCGGUAAAUUUGCUGCCACGUUUGAGGGACGUACUAAGGUUAGAAUAUGUUGAAAACAGAAGAAAAAACUUAGAAAAAUUAGAUGAAAAUAUAGUUAAAGUAGAAGAAAUUGUAAUCAACGAAGAUAGUGUUAAGAUAGAGCCAGAACAUGACGAAUUAGGUGAAUCAAAUUGUGAUAUUAAAAAUAAAAAUAGCGAAGAAAUUAAUUAUGAGGAUAUAACUGGCAAUAUCCCUGACUGGACGGCUGUGAAUGGCUAUGUAAAAAACGAAAAUUUAAAUGGUGGAUUUUUCGAAAAGGAACUUAUGAAAAAGGAGCAAAAUUUUAUCAGUGAUAUGAUAUCUGGACUAACCACUGAAAUUGAGCUUGAACUGAAACAGCUGGACGAUAGACUGAUCCGUCUUCUAGCCUACCAACGUAUCCAACAGCUCCUCAACACGCCCGCAUCGGCAAACAACCUCUUCUCUCCCGCUAUAAGGGAAAAAUUGCGACAUAUGCCACUGCCCAGCGAACUUUUGACGCCCGCCGACAUCGACAGGAUCUCGCGGGUGUUUAGCAGUCCGAAAAAGAAGACAAAAUCUAAACCCACUAUUCGAGCUAGAGCCAUGAUGUGUCCUGUGGUGUCGAAACACUUUUAUAAUGUGCGUACUACUGAGGUGGAUCCAACGGAUGUAAGGCACGAUGCAAGUUUCAUGGGUUUCCGCCCGACUGUAUCCUUACGCUUUCCCGAGGCAGUAGCAAUGAGGUAUAGAGUUUUAAAUAUAGGUAAAGGGUCAUCAAAUGAUGUCAAUCUAGAAAAGUUUGGGUUCUGCAAUAACAUUGUACCGAAACAUGCCAUUGUAUUCUAUGACGAGUACACAAAACACUAUGAGUUAAUAAACUACUCGCCCUAUGGAACAUAUGUAAACAACGUACUUUAUUCAAAUAAUAUUUUUACAAAACGGCCCGAUUAUAAUGUAUCAACUGAAGAGAAGAGUGCCAAUAUUGAAAUGCAGGUUAGGGAAAUUAUUGAUAAGAAAAGGAAAGCGAAUAAACCUCGGAAGUCUUCCUUAGAAUCCAAAAUGUCAGCCGUGGAUUGUGUAGAAAGGUUAGAGUGCUGUUGCGUGAACAAUUCGGAAGAACUAAAAAAAGGUUGGGAAGGAUCCGCGAUUUUGAAUCACGGUUCGCUGUUACGAUUUGGGUGUGUUUCGUUUGUCUUUUCGAUUGUUGAAAGUACAAAUUAAUGAAGUUAUUUAUUGUAAAUAUAAAUGUUAUUUUUUGUAAAUUAAUUGUAUAGUACUAUUAAACAUCAGCCAUUGAUAUUAAAAAUAAAGUAUUUUUUAA